AGAAAGACUAAAUUUAAAAAAAGAGUUUAAAAGAUGAUUGUGGUUGCAAAUAAGCCAAUGUGUUCAUUGUAUUCCAUAUACAAGAAUGUAUCAAAGGGUUUUAAAGCUUUGGUCAAACAGGAAAAUCAUUUUGGAACUUUUUGUAAUAAUUUUACCUUAAUAUCUCACCCGGUUUGCAAGCCAAAUAAUUAUCUUAUGCAAUUUCAAUACGGUAAACAUUACUAUGGUAACAAGAAUUUAUACCGAAUGCAAAGUUUUUUUAGCAUUUCUCAAAACUGUUUACAUAAAAACAUUUUACUCCCACCAUCACCACUUACUUAUAAUCAAUAUAAAUCAAUAACAACUAAAAGUCGACUAGGAAAAAUCAAAAGUUGCAAAGCUGUUUUAAAACGUUUUCGAAGGGUGCGAGGUGGUUAUCUAAAAAGAUGGAGACCAGGAAAACAUCAUAAAAUGUUAAAAAAAUCCAGCUGGAGAAAAUUCAGACUAAGAGGUAGCAUAUUAGUGAAGCGAAAAUCUCAUCUGAGAGUGCUUAACAAAAUGAUGUAUAAACAUUAGAAUUUUGCAGAAAUAUAUAUAUAUAUAUAUAUAUAUAUAUAUAUAUAUAUAUAU